AUGUCAUUUCUAUACCGUUCCUUGCGCUUUCUGCGCUCGAUGUGUGCACCCAUAACAGCGGUCAUUUGCUUCUCUUGUCUCCUCACGUUCAUUUUUAUCUUAUAUCAACCAACACCUGGACCCGGCAUAAAACAAAGACUGGGCUGGCAAAGCUGGGACUCGAUUUCCAUGAGUAGCGAGGAUCUAGCUGCAGCAUCUUCAACAUCAAAUGGAAGUACUAGUCAGGAUCAAGGUGGAAAUUCCAGUAUCGAACUGCCGGAAGGGGUCGACUGGUGGAAUGUCAGUGGUAUCCCAGGAUCAGGUCAGGAUAAGGUCGAUACAACUAGUUUUCCUUUGGAUGUUUGGGCUCCGUUAUUGCCUCACGAUACUGGUCUAUCAGAAGUAUCCGUAACCCAUUGCUACAUGGACCCAAUAAUUGCUGGAGACUUGUGCGCGCCUUCGACUACGACAGAAAAGGACGCUAUCCGUGGGCCUUGGGUUCGUGUGGACCGGAAUCUGAAUGAUGAAUCCGGUUAUAUGAGUGGCUUUCUUAGCAUAUGGUACCGUCGUACUCGUCGCCUUGACAUCAAUCUCAUCGACUCAAUACGCCUCCUCCCUUCUCAGGAAGAACCAUCCCCUCUUGAUGGCUGGACCAAAGUCGAUAAAUCCCUUCGCACAGGUGUCUAUCACGCUAACCCGCUUUUCCUUUGGUAUCAUGUUGGCAAAACCGCGGGUGAGAUGACUUCAGACGACAAAGCCCAAAUUAUCACAGAAAUAGACGUCUUGUUCGGAGAAGACGUACCGUGGUGGGGAUUCGAAAAACUUGAGCCUCCUACGAUGUACAGAAAAGACGACAUAGUUGAGGGAACCUACAUUACUAUCCGGAAAGGUGUCCAUCCUGUACCGAAAGCACCCCCACUGCAUUUUUCAAGAGAUGGCAAAUUCAAAAUUAUGCAGAUUGCGGAUUUGCACUAUUCGGUGUCUGUUGGCAGCUGUCGGGAUAUGCGUACGGGCGAAACGUUGGAUAAACUAUGUACAUCCCCGGAUGGGCCUGGAUCGGACAACCUUACCAAUACACUCCUGGCGCGUAUGCUGGAUGCGGAGAAGCCGGAUCUUGUAGUUUUUACAGGUGAUCAGCUCAAUGGACAAGGCUCGUCGUGGGACCCUAGGAGUGUUCUCGCAAAGUUUGCGAAGGAAGUAUGGGGAAGAGGGAUUCCUUGGGCAGCGGUUUUUGGAAAUCAUGAUUCUGAGAAUGGUAUGGACAGAGAGGAUCAAAUGAAACUGAUGGAGGCCAUGCCCUAUAGCUUAGCUCAGAGAGGACCACGAGACUUGCACGGAGUCGGAAAUUAUGUUCUCAAAGUUCUUAGUGCAGAUCCUUCAAUGACCCACCUGCUCACCCUCUACUUUCUGGACUCCGGCUCCUAUUCGAAAGGGUUCUUUAACUUCUGGGGAAUGUUCACACCCACUGCGUAUGAUUGGCUGAGACAGGAUCAAAUUGAUUGGUUCUUAAGGGAGAGUGCUUCAAUAAACAUGAUAGAGAGACCAUUCACCCCAGAUGGCGCUAAAGACUUAUCAUCAAUAAAUUGGGCCCGACAGACCGACCAGUUAACACCACAAACACACAGACUUGCCAAACCCAAUGCGAUGAUGUUCUUCCACAUGCCUUUACCUGAAGCCUAUUCCACUCCAGACAAGAAUCCCAGCACCCAACGGCCGUUAGACGUGGGUUUGAGCGGACUCGAGCCAAACGGAAACGCGGAUUCUUCCGAUGGGUUUUUCGAGAAGGCGUUGUUGAACGCUACAGAGAGCAUUCACGUUAAUGCACAGGCAGGGUCUGAGACGCGUCCGAAGCAGGAAGUGAAGGUGGUAGCUAAUGGCCAUAGUCACAUUACGGAAAAUUGUCGACGCGUGAAGGGAGUUUGGAUGUGCUUUGGUGGUGGAGGAUCAUAUUCUGGAUAUGGCAAAGUCGGAUUUGACCGUCGAUUCCGGGUGUAUGAGAUCUCCGAAUACGGGGAAAAGAUUCGUACAUGGAAACGCUUGGAGGGGGUCGAAGCUGAGCCUGAAGGCCAUGUUGUUGAUGAUAUGGUUCUGGUUGGACCCGGUGCUACACCGUAA